AUGUACGGGCCCGCCUCGCUUCUUGGUGGUUGGCCUCACCCAGAUCGAAGAGACGGCAAGCUAUCUACCAUAUUCUGCCGAGCCUUAUCUGCUGGCAUCUUUGGAAGGCGAGGAAUCGUGCAGUUUUUGAAGGUAUUUCAGCUGCAAUCCAAUUCAAUUUGUCAGGCUAUCUUUCGGGAGACUAAGGUUUUGCUUGAAGGUCAGCUCAAGGAGCGGGUUGAGCCCCAGUCAUUCUUGCAGUUGUGUGAAUGGGCAUCUCAGUCACGUGGGAGUUUUGGUUUUAAAUUGGUUUGUUGGAAACCAGCUAUAGAGGGGGAGUUCACCCUGAACACGGAUGGCUGCUCCAAGGCUAGAGGUGGAUUUUCAUACUUCAUUACCUUCACAGAUGAUCAUUCUAGAUAUGGAUAUGUGUAUUUAAUGAAAUACAAAUCUGAAUCUUUUGAAAAGUUUAAAGAAUUCAGAAAUGAAGUAGCGAAACAAAUAGGUAAAAGUAUUGUGACACUACGAUCUGAUCGCGGUGGAGAAUACUUAAGUGAUGAGUUUCGAGUUUAUUUGAAGGAUAAUGGAAUAGUUCCACAAUGGACUCCUCCAGGUACACCACAGUUAAAUGGCGUGUCUGAAAGGAGAAACCGCUAUUAG